UCGCAAAAUCAGCUGUAACAAACACAGUGUUCUGAUUUUGAUUGCACCAAAAAUAAAAAAGAAUUAUCAGUUUGAACGUUGUGAAACCCCACCUUCGUCGCCUCUCACAGGUUUUGUCGAGAGAAGAAAUGUCAGUGCUGAUCGUGACGAGUUUAGGGGACUUGGUGAUCGAUUUGCAUACUCAAAAAUGUCCUUUAACCUGCAAGAAUUUCUUGAAGCUUUGCAAGAUUAAGUACUAUAAUGGCUGCUUAUUUCACACUGUUCAAAAGGAUUUCACUGCUCAGACUGGCGAUCCAACUGGAACUGCCGCCGGUGGUGAUUCUAUCUACAAGUAUCUUUAUGGUGAUCAAGCUCGGUUUUUCAAUGAUGAGAUUCAUAUUGAUCUAAAGCAUUCUAAGACUGGAACUGUUGCCAUGGCAAGUGCGGGAGAGAAUAUGAAUGCUUCACAGUUCUAUAUAACUCUGCGUGAUGACCUUGAUUACCUUGACGGAAAGCAUACAGUUUUUGGUGAGGUAGCUGAAGGAUUUGAGACUUUGACUAGAAUAAAUGAGGCUUAUGCAGAUGAAAAGGGAAGGCCAUUUAAAAAUAUCAGAAUCAAGCACACUUACAUCCUGGAGGAUCCUUAUGAUGAUCCUCCUCAGCUACCUGAGUUCAUUCCUGAAGCUUCACCAGAAGGAAAACCUAAAGAUGAGGUUGAUGAUGAAGUCCGACUUGAAGAUGAUUGGGUGCCCAUGGAUGAACAAUUAAACCCAGGAGAACUUGAAGAGGUUAUUAGAUCAAAGGAAGCGCAUUCUAGGGCAGUCGUGCUUGAGAGUAUUGGGGAUAUUCCUGAUGCUGAGGUUAAACCUCCAGAUAAUGUACUAUUUGUCUGUAAGUUGAAUCCUGUUACUGAGGACGAGGACUUGCAUACAAUAUUUUCACGCUUUGGAACUGUAUCAUCGGCUGAAAUCAUCCGCGAUCACAAGACUGGUGACAGUUUGUGCUAUGCUUUUAUAGAGUUUGACGACAAACAGGCAUGUGAGCAGGCAUAUUUUAAGAUGGAUAAUGCAUUGAUUGAUGAUCGAAGGAUACAUGUGGAUUUUAGUCAAAGUGUUGCAAAACUGUGGUCACAAUACAUGCGGAAAGAUAAUAAGGGUGGUGGUUGCUUCAAAUGCGGUAGCACAGAUCAUAUUGCCAGGGAUUGCACUGGAGAUGCUAUUAUGAAACAACCCACAAAAUUCAUCUUGAAGGACAAUAAUGCCCAGCGAGGUGGCGAUAAAGCGAGCUAUGAAAUGGUUUUUGAUGGAGAUAACACUGAAAGUCCAAGAAGACAAACGAAACACCAAAGACAUGACAGGGAUGCCCAAGAUGAUAAAAAUGGUAGGAAGGAAAAUUUUAAAAAUGACAGUCAUAGAGGCCGUAGGGAUCAGGGGAUGGCAGGCUCAAAUAGCAGAGAAAGGUAUGGCGAUAGAAGCAGAGGGCUUGAAGAAAAUGGAGAUGAUAAAACACGACUUGAAAGAGGUGCAAGAGAUUCAGAUUCUCAUGUUGAUAAGAAAGACAGAGAAAGGCAUAUGGGAAGACAUAGAGAUGAUGAAUACCGACGGAAAGAUGAGCUAGACACAAGAAAAAGAGACUUAGAUAGUAGCUACACAGAAAGACGGGCUAGUCGAGAUGAUAGCAUAAAAACAGAUGCUAGCCAUUUGGAUAGGAGGAAUGACAGAGAUUACAGGAAGAGAACUGAAGACAGUGGAAGGCAAAAUGUGAAGAUUGAUUCUGGAAGAAGAAAACGAAGCCCAGAUGAUGAGGAUUACAAACGUAGAAGGAAUGAUGAGGAUUACAGAGAAGAUGUGAAGAUUGAUUCUGGACGAAGAAAACGAAGCCCAGAUAAUGGGGAUUACAGACAUAGAAAAGACGAUGAGGAUUACAAACGUAGAAAGGAAGACCGCGGACAUAGAAGACAUGAUACUGAAUCCGAUGACUAUCAUAGAAGGCAUCAUGGUGACAGAAGGUAAUUGUCGGUGUCUCCAUAUCCUAAUCAUAAACACAGAACCUUGUCUAUGCAGGUUCAAGGUAGAGUUUCUUCGGUUGCACUAAACUUUUGUUAGUGGAAUCAGAAAGUCUUUGUUUAUUAAGUUCUAUAUUGAUUUUCAUUCAGUGUUAAAAUACAUGGAACAUAGAUAAGAAAUCAUGUCUAAUAUUUUGUCUUGUUUUUAUUGUUGACUAAAGAACAAAACUUACCUGUAGUACCAUAGGUGUUCUAGUAUUGAUCUCCACAAAAAAAUCAUUGAAAGUUAAGAUUUCAAGAACAGUUAUCCAAAGACAACUAAAGAUUGUUAUCAACAGUUAUAAAGGAAAACGGAACCUAGUUCCCGUAUAGCAUGGUUUCAUGAGGGAAUCGAGUUUUCUUUGAAUGGUUA